UAACGAGUAUACGAGUGGUGUGGGCCGCCACGGGAGCCCCUCCUGCCUGGUAGCAGCCCGCGUAGCAGUCACGCGUUUGGUUAGAGGACAGCCGUCAAACAAACAAUUAAGUCUUUAAUUGUACGUCUCGGGGUGGUUGGUAAAUUUCAUGUGGCAUUUCAUAUUUGCAAUCCGAUGAAUACAUAUUAUUAUGUACAUGACAACGGUUUUAAAUAUAUCCUUUAAAUGACGUCAAGUGAUUCACAAAUCGGUACCAAAAUAACUAGUUUAAAAAUACAAGGUGGCCUUUUGUUAUUUCCAAUUAAAAGAGAUAUGUAAAUAAAAAUUAAAAGAACAAAUCAGCAGUCUCAAAACUGAACAACAAAGCGACCGACCUUGAGGAAGUUUUCUGCGCCACUACUUUACGUCUGUUCACAAAAAACGACACUUAGAGCAGUGUGCUUCGGUCGCAGCACUUGGUAUUAAUAUAGAUUAAUUACAUGUACAACUGUGGACUCAGUUGUUGACAUGGCGGCGGGGAGAGCUCACACGCUAAACGUGCUACUCUGGUCCGCGCUCGGAAUUAUAAUCGCGAUAAGACUUCCGCUACUGCCGAUACGAAAUGAGACCAAGCGGCAGUUGGGCUAUCCGCCGGACUCCCUGCUGAACGUGACGGAACUAGCGACCCGACACGGGUAUCAGUGCGAGGAGCAUAACGUAGUCACGGAGGACGGAUUCGUGCUGACCGUUUUCCGCGUGUCGAGCGGCCAACGGUGCUCGCGUACACAGAUCCCAGUGCUGCUCGUGCACGGUCUGCUGCAGAGCGCUGACUCGUGGCUGGACGCGGGGCCCGGCUCCGGCCUCGCCUACUUGCUGGCAGACGCUUGCCACGACGUGUGGCUCUCCAACACUCGCGGCAACUAUUACUCGCGGCGCCACCUCACUCUCGAUCCCGACUCAGACGCCGCCUACUGGAACUUCUCAGCCGACGAAAUCGGGUACUUUGACUUGCCAGCCAUCCUUGAUUAUGUCCUCAACCGGUCCCGAGCCGACAUCCUCAACUACGUGGGCUUCUCGCAGGGCGCGGGAACCUUCUUCAUCAUGUGUUCCGAGAGACCGAACUAUUGUGAAAAGAUCAAACUCAUGAUAGCUUUGGCUCCGGCGACGAGACAGACGAAUACGAAAUCAACGAUGUAUCGAAGGCUGACUCAAGCAGUGCAGGGUUGGGAGACGCUGUUGACGACGGCAGGUCUACAUGAAAUUUUUUCCAAGGGUGCUUUAAGCCAAGAGUUUGUGGCCUUCUUUUGUCACUUCACUAAGUUCACGGAGGGACUUUGCGAUGCCGGCCUAAACAAGUUUAACUCUGUCGUUGCUCACCCUGGAUCGAUGUCAAACGAAACGACAAGAGUGCUCUUUGGACAUUUCCCGGCUGGAACAUCGCUGCACAACAUGGCAAAGUACGGACAGGCAAUGACAAAUGACAAAUUUGUGAAGUUCAACUACGGACAUCAGAAGAAUUUAGAACUGUACGGAACCUCGGAGCCGCCAGAGUAUAACAUAUCGGCUGUAUCACCCCCAGUCGUGGUAAUUUACGGGGAGAAUGACGGAUUAGUGGACACCAAGGAUGUUGAAUGGGCGAUGGAAAGACUCCCAAACGUUCUAGAAGCAGUCCUAAUCAAGGACCCGGCUUGGAACCACAUGAGUGUUACCUACAGUAGUCGUGUGGAGGAGAUAAUUUUCCCUAAGAUCAAUGAGUACCUACAAAUAUACAGCAGUACGUGACCACUUGUUAAAUAUAACAAAUUGUUUUGGAGGUUCAA